AUGCUCCCAUCCCAAGCCCUGCGAGCGCGCUCGGCAUGGAAGGGCCCCUUCUUUGUCGCCUUUCCCAACCUGGCCGAGGCACUGAGGGGCAACACACCCAUCCGUACCAAUGCGCGAUUAUGUACCAUUCUUCCCAACUACGUGGGCCUGCGCUUCCUCAUCCACAAUGGCAAGUCGCACGUCCCCAUCUCAAUCACCGAGGAGAUGGUGGGUCACAAGCUGGGAGAAUUUGCUCCUACAAGGAAGCGCUUCCAGUACAAGUUCUCGAAGAACAAGUGA